AUAAGGAAGACAUGAGGAAAGAGCAAAGUACCUUCUCUUGAGGUGGAGAGCUAGGGAGAUGGGUAAGCAGAGACUAGAAAUAGGAAAAUGGACGGGGAUUCCCGAGGAGAGAAGCAUAUCAUGGAACUAACCAUCUCCAUUGUGCAGGGAUGUGUGGCCUUUGAGGACAUGGCCAUUUACUUUUCCCAGGAAGAGUGGCAUCUCCUUGAUGAAGCUCAGAGACUCUUCUAUUGCCAUGUGAUGCUGGAGAACUUUGCACUUAUAGCCUCACUGGAUUUUUGGCAUGGAAUGGAAGACCCUGAGUCACCUCGUGAGCAUAGUGUUUUUGCAGAAGGUGUAUCACAGGACAGGAACCCCAAAGCAGGUCCAUCCAUCUCAAAGUACUACCUGUGUGACACAGGUAGCCUACUCUUGAAAGACAUUUUGCACCUGAAUGAACACCAGGCAACACACCCCAGGCAGGAACCACACGUGUUGGGGGCAUUUGGGAAAGGAUUUGGGUUUUGUGAAAAUCUUUACCAGCAUCAGAUGCAGCAGAAUAUAGAGAGGCCCAACAGAAGGGAUGAGGGUAAGGCCUCCUUUGUGAAGAACUGCAGAGCUCAUAGCUCAGAGAACCCUUCCACAUGUAGGGAGGAUGGGGAGGACUUCAUGGUCAGAUCAGGCUUUCUCCAGCAUCAGGCCAGUCACAGUGCUGGAGAACCACAUAGGACUACAGAAGAUGUGGUGGGUGUUCACAGUAUGCAAAGGAAUGAUCAGAUCAGUGAAUGUGGGAAAACUUUCGAUGACAAAUUGACAAUAGUUCAGCACCGGAGAAUCCAUACUGGAGAAAGGACUAAGGAAUGUGAUAUAUGUGGGGAAUUCUUUAGACAGACCUCCACCCUCAAUAUACAUCAAAGAGUUCACACUGAGCAAAGAGCCUAUGAGUGCCAAGAAUGUGGGAAGACCUUCCACCGCAAAACCAGAUUUGUUCAGCACCAGAAAACCCACAUUGGAGAGAGACCAUGUGAGUGCAGUGAAUGCGGGAAACAAUUUAGCCAAUACUCAAGCCUCUUUCAACACCAGAGAGUUCACACUGGAGAAAAGCCUUAUGAGUGCCAUGAGUGUGGGAAAUUCUUUAGGCACAUCUCCAGUCUCAUUAAGCACCGGAGAGUUCACACUGGAGAAAUGCCUUAUGAGUGUGACAAAUGUGGGAAAUUCUUUAGCCAAAGCUCUAACCUCAUUCAACAUCGGAGGGUUCACACUGGAGAAAAACCUUAUGAGUGCCAUGAAUGUGGGAAAUUCUUUAGCCAAAGCUCCAACUUAAUUAAACACCGGAGGGUUCACACUGGUGAAAGCCCUCAUGAGUGCAGUGUGUGUGGGAAAGUCUUUGGCUACAACUCCAACCUAAUUAAGCAUCGAAGAGUUCACACCGGAGAAAGGCCUUACAAGUGCAAUGACUGUGGGAAAUUGUUCAGCCACAUCUCCAGCCUCAUUAAACAUCGGAGGGUUCACACAGGCGAACAGCCUUAUGCAUGUGGUGAAUGUGGGAGAUUCUUCAGCCAAAGCUCCAGCCUCAGUAACCAUCGGAGACUUCACACUGGUGAGCGGCCUUACGAGUGCAGUGAAUGUGGGAAAGCCUUCAGCCAAAGCUCUGACCUCAUAAAACAUCAGAGAGUUCACAGUGGAGAGCGGCCUUAUGAGUGUAUGGAAUGUGGGAAAGCCUUCAGCCAAAGGUCUAAUCUGAUUCAGCACCAGAAAAUUCACAAAUCAGAUAGACCUCAUUAGUGCAGAUAUGGGAAAAUCUUUGCCUGACCUUAUUUGGCUCUGGAACAUUACAUUGGAGAAAGGCCUUAUCAGUGCACGGAUAUGUUUCUUCCUUGUUGAACAUAGUGACGCACGCAGAGAUGAGCUCAGAAAAUGGUCCUCAUGAGGGACGCAUCUGCUAGAAGUUCAUUGAUGUAGCCACAUUGUGGAGCAUCCUUAUUAUUGCUAGCUCUGACAAAAAUCUAGAGCUAAAUUGAAUUUACUGACCAUGAACUAUGAGCAGAGUUGUAUCAUUGCCAGUGUUUGUGGCAGAAGCCAUCACAGUUUUAUGUACUUCCAGUCUUUCAGAGUUUGUCAGCUAUUUCACUGUGCUCACGGAAGGCAGACUUCCAUUCUCUCCUUUCAAUCACUGGAUGGAAUUAUGAGUAGCUUGUGGUCAUGGAAGGGCAUUAUUCCUUCCCACUGUGCCUGGUUUAGCUGUGAAUAUGACCCAUAUUUUGCUGCAAAGACAUGAGCUGGGUCUUAUGUUUGUUGGCUUACAGAGAAAUUUUCCCUUUAUCCAGGGCAUUGUUGGGUAUGUAAUUCUUGUGAUGGAAUUAUUCAACUUUCAAGUUACCCAACACAACAACAACUGUUUCACAUUGUUCCGAUUUGUGUAAUUAUAAAGACCUUAUUGUUAACCUUAUUGUUAAAGCCACUACUUAUCUUUUGUGUAUGUUGGGGUAGGGAGUGCAUCUAGAGAGGCCUAGAGAACAGAAUCAAAGUUUAACAAGCUACAAGGACAUCCGAUUUUAGUGCCACAAGAGGGGAUGGCAGAGAACAACUCUGUUCAGAUGUGGUCUCCUUGGUAUUACUAACCUAGACCCCCUAGAAAAUCUGUCAGCUAAAUGGUGUGAUCGGAAUGCCAUGACUUUUGUAAGCCCAGAGAUCACCUGAGGAAGUUUUUAGAACAGUCUCCAGUGCAUCUUAGAGGAGCAUGAAUUGGGUUCUUUGUUCCAAGGGCAUGCGCCACGUGACCCUGCAUAGGUGAGGCAAAGCUACUUAACUGGCAAUUAAUUGCCAAGGAGAUGUACUCUUAAAUCUAACAUCGGUUAUGUAUGUGUAAGUCCUAUUGAGCCCAGGUGGAAACUAACUUUUACAAAGACAUUGGGUAUGAUAGAGUACAUGAGACUAGAGUAAACUAGAGGGAUGUAUCCACAGGUGGUGUCUUAAUCUUGAGGUUCAUUCUUGCUAUGUGUACCAGCAGAUUGAAAAAAAAAUGGUGGGAAAUUUCCAUUAUCUUUUAUUUUUUCAUGAACUUUUUGAAGCCCCCCUACACAAUUAAUCUUUCAUUUUAUUUCUGACUAGUAUUCUUGAAUAAAUGCACCCUAAUUUUAAAAAAUCUAUUAAUUGAUGAGUUUGGGCCGAUUAUAAUUAUUAUGGCUAUAAAUGUACACACCUUUAUAUGGGCACAUUUCUCAUGUUAAUUUCUAGGCAUGCAAUGCCUUCACACUUUGAGAUAGUUUAUUGUGCCAGCCUAGCUGAUAAACGCAGGUGGGAUUGACUCAGGGGCGGA